GAAUAGAGAACCUCCGUUUCGGUUUCCCGCCAUUGACGACGGGGAGAAGCACUGAACAUCCUCUAUCACUCCUCCUCGAUUGACAUCUCUUCUUUGAGAUACUGACAUCGAAGGACGUGAAGAAGCAGAAGAGUUCGCCGGAAGCGCCAGGGAUCGGAUGGCGGACGUGAAGAGGUGGAGCGUCACCUAUACCAAGCACUUGAAGCAGAAGCGCAAAGUCUAUCACGAUGGCUUCUUAGUUCUCCACUCUUCAGCCCACAAGGUUAUGCUCUACGAUGAAAGCGAGACGCUGUUGGAAUGCAGGAUUCUCAAGGACGAAGAGUUCGUCAGAUCGGGCGAGUCGUUGACGUUUAAUGCUUAUCUGAUCGAUGUUGGCGACCCCGAGGGCGAUCUAGAGGCCUCUAAGGAUUCCAAAAACAGUUCGAUGAGCAGAAAUGAAGCCAUGAGCCCUCCUGUUUCUGCCGGCUGGGUGAGUAAAACUGAGAAGAAUAAAGCACAGAAUAUUAGCCUCAGUCCAUCCCGGAAAAUCAUCAGAGAGUUCAAGAAGAGGGAAUUGCACAAGUAUGGCACUCUGCAAAAGAGCACAAAUUCAGUAGAACCUAGGGGAACAGAGUGGCAAGUCUUAUAUACAACACAGUUAACUCAAAAGGCUAAGAAGUACCACGACGGCUUCUUGCGUUGCCCAAACACUGGCUCUAUGGGUAGGCAGACCCUUUUAAAUAUUUCUCAGGUUAUGCUGUACGAUGAAAGCUGGAAGCUAUUGGAAAGUAGAUUUCUGAAGAAGGGUGAAGAAGUAAGGUCUGGCGAGACAAUGGAAUUCCACGGGCUCUUGGUUGAGGUUGGUGAAUGCAAAGGAAACAAUAAAACUGUACUAGAUAUGAAUGCUAAAGGAAGUAGCUGCAGUUCUUUCCAGAAAUUAGAGGCGCCGAAUCAGCGUAUCGACAUUAAUGUGGGUAGAGCAGUAGUAAAAGAAUGGCAAGUGUUGUACACCACACAAGUAACUCAAAAGGCGAAGAAGUAUCAUGAUGGAUACUUACAGCUUGUAACCUGUGGAUCCCUAGGGAGACAGGUCAUGUUGUACGAUGCUAGCAGGAAACUCUUAGGCAGUAGGUUCCUCAAGAAAGAUGAAAUAAUAGGUUCAGGUUUUUCUGUCACGUUUGAUGCUCAUCUAGUUGACAUCGGGGAACCAGAAGGGCAAGGAGCUGCACCGACAAAUUCAAAAGAUCAAGGAAUCUGUUCUGGUGGCACUGGUGACAUAAGGAUAGGCCAUGGAAACUUAGAUUGUACCAAGGUUAACGAGUCAAUGAAAAGAGUCCAUUCUUCAGAGAUGACUUGCUCUGGGAGAAGUGCCUGCACAGACAGUGGAAGCUAUUUCUCAGAAAAACAGAAGUCAAGCCAAGGAAUUUCAAAGGACAAGCCUCUACGUGAUGCUUUAGGAAUAUUAUCGAUCCUCCAGAAACCAGCUUAUAAAGGGAAUGUUGCUGCUGAUUAUGGGAACAAGUCAUUGUUGGUGACAUUAGAUUCCCCAACCAAGAAGAUUGAGGAGUCAGAUGCUUGCACUUUUAAUUCUUGCAAUGAUAAUGAACUACUGAGUGCAUUAGCAACAGAAGCUGGCUCAAUUGAACAAUCCAACGAGAACCCGAGAAUUAAGAGGCCAACCUCCCUUGGGGGUACUACAGGUGAAAGCGAGAGCAAGGAGAAGAAUUUUGCCAGGGGAUCUGCCAUUGAUGAAGGCAAGAUUUCAGGAGUUGAGAGUGCAUCAAAAGUGGAUGAAGAGUGGCCAAGUUUUGAUCUCGGAUUUUGAGCAGGCAGUGCUGCAUUUUAAUUACUCGGUAAUGUCUUGUAAUAAUAUUGCGUUGAUAAAAUGAAGGCCGGAGAAUCUUACAGCUCAUACCAAACACUGUCCAGUAUGAGAAACACUUGCACAGUUGCUUGACCCCAGUCAUGUACCGCACUUUUGGGUCUUAUAUCUAAAGUUCUUUUUCUUUUCUUUUA